AAUGAAAGGCGUUUUUCUUCAGAUCUCAGGUUUCCCCGCCGUCCCGCUAACGAGCGUCCGCCUUCUCUUUCUAUUUGCAGAUGUGGGAAUGUUAACUUUGCUAGAAGAACCAGCUGCAACAGAUGUGGGAGAGAAAAAACCACCGAAGCCAAAAUGAUGAAAGCCGGAGGGACUGAAAUAGGGAAGACCCUUGCCGAGAAGAGUCGUGGCCUCUUCAGUGCCAACGACUGGCAGUGUAAAACGUGUGGUAACGUGAACUGGGCCAGGAGAUCUGAGUGCAACAUGUGUAACACUCCCAAGUACGCGAAAUUGGAGGAGAGGACAGGCUACGGAGGAGGAUUUAACGAACGAGAGAACGUGGAGUACAUCGAACGCGAGGAGUCGGACGGGGAGUACGAUGAGUUUGGGCGCAAAAAGAAGAAGUACAGAGGGAAGCCGGUGGGUCCUGCCUCUAUCCUGAAGGAGGUAGAAGACAAGGAAUCUGAAGGGGAAGAUGAGGAGGAUGAGGAUGAAGAUCUCUCCAAAUAUAAAUUGGAUGAGGAUGAGGAUGAAGAUGACGCUGACCUCUCCAAAUACAAUCUGGAUGCCAGUGAGGAAGAGGACACUAAUAAGAAAAAGAAAUCCAAUAGGCGCAGUCGCUCUAAGUCUCGAUCUUCCCACUCCCGCUCUUCAUCGCGCUCAUCCUCUCAUUCGAGCUCAAGGUCUAGGUCCAGGUCCCAUUCAAGAAGUUCUUCCAGUUCCAGAUCAAGAUCUCGCUCCAGUUCCAGAGAGCACUCUAGAUCUCGUGGGUCGAAAUCAAGAUCCAGCUCCAGGUCCUACAGGGGGUCUUCCACCCCAAGAAAAAGGUCUUACUCAAGCUCUCGUUCGUCAUCUUCCCCCGAGAGAAGCAAGAAGCGAAGUCGUUCUAGAUCUUCUUCAUCUGGUGAUCGCAAAAAAAGACGAUCGAGAUCACGGUCACCCGAAAGACGCCGCAGAUCAUCAUCUGGAUCUUCCCAUUCUGGUUCCCGUACAAGUUCUAAAAAGAAAUAAUGUAUUAAAGCUCACAUUAAAAAAAACAAAACAACCAACAAAACAAAAAAAAAAAUCCAGUCAGUGCAUGAGACAUUUUUAAGAAGUUGGUGUCUUACUUGGUCAGAAGUGCUGAAUCUGCUAGUAGAGGUGCAUGUCUGUCCUUGCUUUCUGGAAAACUGCAGCUUUGUUCAUUCAUCAAACAAAAAGUGAGGUAGCAUUUUAAGCCAUAAACCCCCCCCAGAGGAGGUUGUGAAGUUUUCUUAUUUGAGUAAGGGGUUUUUUUAUUAUUUUGAAAGACUCAGUUACUCGAUUCCCUGCUCUCUUACACCCGUGAGCGGGCACAGGUCGGGUGUGAUCUGAUAACUCUGCUCUUCCUGGGAGGAGUUCAGAGGAGUAUUGGGAAUACAGAACCCCUGAGCUUUCCGCACCCAACUCCUGCGCUUCGUGCUGCAGCUCCCGUGGGACCACGACAGAAGGGUGUAGCUGUAGGGCUGGUGCUACCCCUCAGGUGACAGUAGUGAGUGCUUAGGUCCAAUGAUUUUUUUUUUUUAUUUGCAAGUGUAGCUGGAUUCCUCUCUUUCUCUAGCCAUGCUCGGUGCAGAAUAGCUAUUAGGUACCCUGGCAGGGUUCUGUAGAGCUUGAAUUGGACUCCAUUCCUUCCAAGCAGGGAUGUUGGAGACGUUGGGCACUCUCUGCUCCUGUGCCCGUCACUGUAGGAAGGAUUUGCUGCCCUCAGCGGAGUGGGGACUGUCCCACGCAGGGACCCCGGGCUCUGCUGUCCUUUCUGGGCAGAGCAUCCCAUAGGAACCGCCCUUGAGCUGGAGGAAUAUGGAAGUAGCUGCUUGGAAUCAAGUGACGCUCCUGCAGGCCACCUGUAGAGUUCAUUUUGGGGCUGACUUAAAAUUUUCCAGGUAUCUGAAUUUUAUUUAUAUUUGAAAAUGAAAAUUAAUAAACUGUGUAGAAAGUUCUGACAGCUGAAAUGUGUUCUUCACCAGUCAUUCUUUUUUUCCCUUAAAUAUAAUUUAUGGCUUAAAAUGCUGUAUUGAAUGUGAUUUACUAGCAAUAUUGCAUUAAACUUGGUCUCUCUUGAGCUCCGUUUGGUUAAGAAAGGGUUAAGUCUCUUCAGUGCCAUCGCAAGGUAAGUAUGGUAAGGAAAAUUCUUCUUUUUAAGCAAGCAAACAGCAAUAGAUCUCUAUUGAUUUCAGCAGUAAAACUUCCAUAUUUGACCGCUGCUUUUUUAAACGAACUGCACAAAAACAAACGGAGCAAAAUUUAAAAAUUACAUUCUGCUUUCCUUUUUUUUUUUUUUAAGACACUUCUUUUGGACUGGUAUAUGGAAUAUAAGCAAAAUGUUUUUUGGUGUUGAAAUAUUUUGAUAAUCUUUUUGCAGAAAAAAAACCAACAACCCGCUCUGCAGUUUCUUCUUUAAUGCUUUCUUUUAUAGCUAAUUUCAAUGCUAAAUGUGUGUAGGUUGCACAAGAGCAGGUUAGUCUUGUAACUGUGCCUCUGACAACGUCCAAGUCCAACUACUAAAUUGUAAAAAUCCGAUCUAAUAGAUGCUAUGUUGUUAGCCUUUGGGGUUUUUUCCUUGUGCUUUGUAUUAAAAUUGUUGCUGUACUUAACAGAUGAAAGUUUUUAAAUUUAGCAAACGAUAGGUGACAGACAAAAGAAAAUUAUGGUUUCAUUUGGCUUAGAUAAAAUGUACGGCAAAAUGAUUCUGUAGACAAGUGUAAAUAAAACCUGUGAGUCAACCGUG